AUGGGUAGCGGCAACCGUGUUCGUCGCUUCAAAGAGCCUGUGGAGGACAAUGCGCCGUUUCAAUGUCAAAGGUGCAAGGAGAGGGUUGAGCCCCAAAGCUUCUACGAACAUAGCGCCACGUGCACGCACCGGGUGAUCUCUUGCGAAGUCCCUGGCUGCCUCUUCCGAAUCCCAUGUUCUGACAAGGUUGCUAUGGACCUCCACAUGUCUCUGCACAAGACGCCUUUCUACACAUAUCGACCGAAAACCUAUCGUGAAUUUAUGCUCUGGUGCAAGAUUCCCGGGUGCAGGUUCUUGGCUUACGACGACGAGGAUUUCCAACAGCAUGCUGAAUACCAUCGAUUGUCGAACAGCAUUGCCGCUGCACAGAGUUCGCACGGCCUUUUCUGGAUGACUGGACAAGGAGAGCAUACUAACAACCCAUAUGCCACAGCCAAUUAUUUCUCCUCUUCGAUUGUCGCGGGUCGUGCCAAUGACAGUGGCAUCCCUGCGGGCUGGCCCGCGAGAUUCGCGCCUCUCAAUUCUGGACAUCAACCUUUCGGUCCUGUUGUUGGCUCCGUCACGACCGUAGCUCUCCCGACGCUUGAUAAUCAUGUUCUUGAUUUUAUCACCGGCCCACCCUCGACUACGAUCAUGACUCCCACUGAUGCCGUGCAGAAUCCUAUGCCUGUCCUUGAUUGGCCCGGUCCAGGACUCCACCCCUUCUUGCUCGAGGGCCUACAAGCAUCUAGUCACUCACAGACCUAUCCCUUUAACAUCGACGCGCAAGUCGAUCUCGUCUUUCCCACUCCUGGCAGCCUUGUGCGACUUGCAGAAGCGCAUCGAAAGUUCGAAUACGAAUUUGCCAGGAAAGAUGAUUCACAGUGGGUAGAUGUUCCCGAGAUCAUCAACCUUGCUGCUAGACAGGAGGAAGACAAUGCGUUGCGGCGUGCUCUCAACUCGUUCACUUGGGUCUCGGACGAAGAGGUUCAAUCUUUCUUCAACGAUAAUCGCGGGAUUUGGAACCAACUAUUCCCUGAUACCCCCAUCUAA